UCUCUUGCUACAAUUCCAUAAUUUCCAUUCAUUCUCCUUAGCUGUUUGAAAGAUGGCCGAACAAAUUCCAUUCAGUCUUAUUGAGAAGCUUUUGAUGACGCUGGGGUCUUCUAUUUACGGAGAAAUUGGGUUGAUGUAUGGUGUCCGAAACGAGCUGGGAAAGCUUCAGGACAAACUGUCCAUGAUCAAAGCUGUACUUGUUGAUGCUGAGGAGCAGCAGCAGAGGAGCCAUGCUGUAGCAACUUGGGUGCAGAGGCUUAAAGAUGUUGUUUAUGAUGCUGAUGACUUGUUCGAUGACUUUGCAACUGAAGAGUUACGGAGAAAAACGGAUGUGCAGGGAAGAUUUGCUGGACAAGUAGGUGACUUCUUCUCAUCUUCCAAUCAUCUUGCUUUUCGAUUUAAGAUGGGUCAUAGAAUAAAGGAUAUUAGAGAAAGGCUAGAUGAUAUUGCAAAUGAAACCUCCAAGUUCAAUUUUAUUUCCAGUGACAUAUCUAAUGUCCCGGUAAGGAAUAGGGGGAGGGAGACGUGCUCUGUUGUGGAGAAAUCUCAUAAAAUUGUGGGUAGAGAUGAAAACAAAAGGGAGAUAAUAGAGUUGUUGAUGCAAUCCAGUACUCAAGAAAAUUUGUCAAUGGUUGUGAUUGUAGGCAUGGGGGGCUUAGGCAAGACCACCCUUGCUCAGUUGGUUUACAACGACCAAGGGGUGGUAAGCUAUUUUAAUCUUAAAAUGUGGGUUUGUGUUUCGGAUGAUUUCGAUGUAAAAGUACUGGUUAGAAAUAUCAUAAAGUCUGCAACUAAUGGAGAUGUGGAAAACUUGGAGUUAGAUCAGUUGCAAAAACGUCUUCAAGAAAAGUUAGAUAGGAAGAGGUACUUGCUUGUGUUAGAUGAUGUCUGGAACGAGGACAAAAGGAAAUGGGGUCAGUUCAUAACCUUAUUGCCUGUUGGUGCAAAUGGGAGUAAAAUCUUGGUGACCACUCGAAGCACAAGAGUUGCAUCCGUUAUAGGAAUUGAUUCCCCAUAUAUUGUGGAAGGUCUUAAAGAUGAUGAGUCUUGGGAUUUGUUUGAAAGUCUUGCAUUUAAAAAGGGAGAAGAGCAAAUGCACCCAAACCUUGUAGCCAUAGGAAAAGAAAUUGUAAAGAUGUGCAAAGGAGUUCCUCUGGUCAUCGCGACUUUAGGCAGAAUGUUGUACUUCAAAACCCAAGAAAGCCAUUGGUUGAGCAUUAAAAAAAAUAAAAAUCUUGUACUUCUUGGAGAUAAAAAUGAUAUUUUACCGAUAUUGAGGUUAAGCUAUGACAAUCUUCCCGUCCCUUUGAAACAAUGUUUUGCCUAUUGUGCAUUGUUUCCCAAAGAUUAUAUAAUUCAAAAAAAGUUGUUAGUACAACUAUGGAUGGCACAAGGUUACCUUCAACCAUCUGAUGAGAACAUUGAUUUAGAGGAUGUUGGUAAUCAAUAUUUUGAAGAUUUAUUGUCAAGGUUAUUGUUUCAUAAAGUUGAAAAUAAAGAUGAUAACAAUAUAUUAAGUUGUAAAGUGCACGACUUAAUUCAUGAUCUUGCACAAUCCAUUGUAAAGUCGGAGGUUAUCAUUGUAACAGAUGAUGUGAAGAUUAUUUCACAAAGAAUUCAUCAUGUGUCAUUAUUUACAGAACACAAUGAAAUGCUCAAGGAUUUAAUGGGCAAAUCCAUCAGGACUUUCUUUAUGGGCGACGACUUUGUGGUUGAUCAUGAUAGUUCUAUAACUAGACUCCUUUCAAGCUUAAGAGGUUCAAGGGUAAUGAAGAUGAAGAACGUACCAUAUAAGGCUCUGUCAUCUUUAGGAAAACUAAGCCAUCUAAGAUAUCUUGAUCUUUCUUAUGGGUCGUUUGAAAACCUCCCAAAUGCUAUUACAAGAUUGAAGCAUUUACAGACAUUGAAGCUUUUCUUAUGUCGCUAUCUGAAAGAAUUGCCGAGAAAUAUGAAAAAAUUGAUCAACCUGAGGCAUCUUGAGAUUGAUUUACAUAAUAAAUUAAGUUAUAUGCCACGUGGUUUGGGAGAAUUGACUAAUCUUCAAACCUUGCCAUUAUUCUGGGUAGGGAAUGAUGGUGGGGAAUCCAGGCACAAGAGAAUGGGUAGGUUGAAUGAACUGAGAUUCCUUAACAAUCUCAGAGGAGAACUAGAAAUUAAAAGGCUUUCAAAUGCGAGGGACAGUGAAGCUAAGGAAGCCAUUUUGGAGGGUAAACAGAGUCUUGAGUGCUUGAUAUUAGAUUGGGAGGGACAAGAAGCUACCGACGAGAGUGAGGAGGACGAGAGUGAGGAGGCAGUGUUAGUGAUGGAAAGCCUGCAACCACAUCCAAAUCUGAAGGAGCUCUUCAUAUUUUAUUACACAGGUGUGAGAUUCCCAAAUUGGAUGAUGAAUGAUGGGUUGGAUUUGCUGCUCCCAAACCUAGUCAGAAUUGAAAUAUCGUUUCGCAGCAGAAGCCAAGUUCUGCCACCUUUUGGUCAACUCCCUUCUCUUAAAUAUCUAGAACUUUCCUUCCUAAAUGCUGUGGAGUGCAUGAUGGAUUACCCUUCAUCGGCAAAGCCAUUCUUUCCAUCUCUGAAGACACUCCAACUUUUUGAUUUGCCUAAUUUGGAGGAAUGGGGAAGGAGGGAUGUAGCAGCAGAGCAAGCUCCUUCAUAUCCUUAUCUUGAGGAUCUACAGCUGCACAACAUCCGUACGGAGCUAUGCUUACAUUUGAUCUCUGUCUCUUCUUCAUUGAAGUCUCUGCAUAUUUGCGGAAUAGAAGAGCUAAUAUCUCUGCCAGAGGGGCUUCAACAUGUUUCCACCCUACAAACUCUCACAAUUUCCAGUUGCUCUAGUUUGGCAACUUUACCAGACUGGAUUGGCAGCCUCACAUCACUUUCAUACCUUUCCAUUCAACACUGCACUGAGUUGAGAUCACUACCAGAAGAGAUGCGAUCCCUCCGCCAUCUAUACGCACUCGAAAUCAAUGGAUGUCCAUACUUAGAUGAAAGAUGCCAAAUGGAAACUGGCGAAGAUUGGCCUAAGAUUUCUCAUAUUCCCAAUUUUUUUUUGCGUGAAAGCAGAACAACAAUAUACCACUUGAGCAAGGAGCACAUAUUAUUGAAUCCAUGUGGUAAGUGGUUAAUUCUCGUCUCUCAAGUUUCUUGAUCGUGGGAAUCUAAAUGCUUUGGGGUGCAUGGAUAACAAUAGCGACAUAUCUCCCUCAUUUUCAUUGAAAGGCAAGUUGGUUUGAGGGGAGUAUAAAAUAAGGAGAACUAGCAGGACCAUUCUUCCCAUUCCUGCCAUGAUGGAGGAAAAGAGAUGGUGGAGGGAUAGUAUCAAUAUCACUAGCAAAACAACAAAUUUGAAGGGAUUACCCAUCAUCAGCAAAGCCAUUAUUCCCAUGUCUGAGGACACUCCAACUUUUUUAUUUGCCCAAUUUGGAGGGAUGGGGAAGGAGGGAUGUAGCAGCAGAGCAAGCUCCUUCAUAUCCUUAUCUUGAGGAUCUACAGCUGGGCAACACAACUGUGGAGCUAUGCUUACAUUUGAUCUCUGUCUCUUCUUCAUUGAAGUCUCUGUCUAUUAGACGCAUAAAUGAUCCGAUAUCUCUGCCAGAGAGGCUUCAACAUGUUUCUACCCUACAAACUCUCACAAUUGAAUAUAUCUCUAGUUUGGUCACUUUACCACACUGGAUCGGCCGCCUCACAUCACUUUCAAAGCUUCGCAUUGAACACUGCCAUAAUUUGUUAUUUCUGCCAGCAGAGAUGCGAUCCCUCCGCCAUCUACACACACUCGAAAUCUGUGAUUGUCCACUCUUAUAUAGAAGAUACAAAUACAAAAUUGGUGAAGUUUCGGCUAUGAUUUCUCAUAUUCCCGAAAUUAUUAUUUCGCGACAUUGAAGCAGGUUGAGGAUAACCGAUGCAUAUGGAACGAGUUAGCUCACUUACGUCACACUCCCAAUCUAUACUAUUUUUAGCAUGUUGUCCAUACUUUGUCUCCACUAUUCAGUAGAACAACAAUACACCACUUGAGCAAGGAGCACAUAUUACUGAAUCCAUGUGGCAAGUGGUUAAUUCUCGUCUCUCAAGCUUCUUGAUCAUGGGAAUCUAAAUGCUUUGGGAUGCAUGGAUAACAAUAGCGGCAUAUCUCCUUCAUUUUCAUUGAAAGGCAAGUUGGUUUGAGGGGAGUAUAAAACAAGGAGAACUAGCAGGACCAUUCUUCCCAUUCCUGCCAUGAUGGAGGAAAAGAGAUGGUGGAGGGAUAGUAUCAAUAUCACUAGCAAAACAACAGAUUUAGAUCUGUAUAACAUCUCUUCCACAAGAGGAGCCCUAAGUGCUUACUUCUCUUAAUUUGAGUCAUUCUAUUGCAGACCAAUACCAAAGGGGUGAUGUUGAGGAUUGGAUAGGAAUCAAUUCUAAGAACUUGAGAGGUAGCAUCCAAUAUGUAUUCACCUUACUACAGCAAAGAAUCUAACACUUUGGCUUGAAAUCACUACUAGAGGGAUGUCAAAAGGAAGCAUGUGCAGAUUGAUCUGAUGGCUUAUCAUGUCCCAAGAAUUCAUAUCUACCAGUCUCAAAUAGCUAAUGCACAAAGGACCUAUUCUCUCUUUACAAUUCGGGUGCACUAUCUGCAAUGCAUGUUCUAAGGAGGAAUUAUAUUGCCUAUUGUUAGGGGAAGAAGUUGCUAGAAUCCAAUACUGUGAGAGUGUAAAUUUUGGAGUUUCUUUGUAAUUACAUUGCUUAUUUCCCAAGUUUUGUAAUCAAGUUGUUGGUUCCGAUAUCGUUGAACAUUCAUGACGUAUGGAUCUUCUAAUUUGCAGGCUCCUAUGACAUCUUUCAAACUCAACAAAGGAAAAAAGAUUGAGCUACAUGUUUGACCUCAAAGCAGAGAGAAUUAAUCAUUUUGAUGAGGUAUAUAUGGUGAGAAUCAUGUUUAAUCGAACUAUCCUUGGGACUGAUUUUUACUGGAAGAUAACCUCAUAUUUCAUAAUGUCAUUCAUUGUUGGCAUACAAAAGUUCAAUCAUUAAACAACUUAUGAAAUAAAAGGGUGGUCGAUUAAGAGAGGAAGAAUGGAUUCAAAAGUUGAUCUCCACUUCCCGCGCUUUCGAAGGCUUCAAUCAUGACUCAAAGAACAAGUUGGUUUAUUUAAAGGUUUUGGAAUCUCCUUGCAUGUUGUGGAAGUGUACUUAGCUUCUAAAUAGAAGUAGAAUUCAAAUCCAGUAUCAACUUUCAAUUACUACAAAUUGCCACUCAAAUCUCCUUACAACCUUUCUAUUAGUUGUUUCUUUGUGCUUCUUCAAUGAUACUAUUAACAUAAUUUUAUGUUACUUUUGAUGGAAUCAUUUUCUAAUAUUUGUCUAUUUGGAUAUUGUAAUUUUUGGAUGAAA